CCCUUUCCUAGUGUCUCCUCCAUAAGUAGCAAAUAACUUUGCGUUUCUCAGUAGAAAAAAAGAAAAAAAAAAGCCUCAAAAGUGGGUGAAGUGUAGCAGAACUAGUUCAGCUAGCUAAACAGUACGUAAUCAUAAGCAAACAAAUACAUAUUGAUGAAUAUAGUAUCCAUGGAAGACAUCAACAUGAAUGGGGAAAUUGCACUUCCAGGUUUUCGAUUUCACCCAACUGAAGAAGAACUCCUCGAUUUCUACCUUAAAAACAUGGUUGUUGGCAAGAAACUACGUUACGACGUCAUUGGUUUCCUCAACAUCUAUCAUCAUGAUCCUUGGGACUUGCCUGGUCUGGCAAAAGUAGGGGAAAGAGAAUGGUACUUCUUCGUGCCAAGGGACAAAAAACAUGGCAGUGGAGGAAGGCCUAACCGCACCACUGAAAAAGGGUUCUGGAAAGCCACCGGUUCAGACCGGAAAAUUGUGACCUUAUCUGAUCCCAAGCGCAUCAUUGGGUUAAGGAAGACCCUUGUUUUCUAUGAGGGAAGAGCUCCUCGGGGAUCCAAGACCGAUUGGGUCAUGAAUGAGUACCGUUUACCUGACAAUUGCCGAUUACCAAAGGACAUUGUGUUGUGCAAGAUAUACCGAAAGGCAACUUCGUUGAAAGUGCUGGAACAAAGGGCAGCAAUGGAGGAAGAGAUGAAGCAAUUGGUUUGUUCACCUGCAUCCCCUCCUUCCUCAACGGACACCAUGUCCUUUAGCAGCCCACAUGAAGAACAAAACGUGCACCUGCCCUUGUUGCAACAACAUGUCAUUCUUAAGAAAGAAUCUGAAGCUGAAACUGAAGAGAGGGUAUAUAUGUCCAUGUCAGUGCCAAAGCAAGAAAAAACAAGGAACCAAUUUUCUAUGAAGGAGAACAAAACAACAUGUGGUACAUCCUUGCAAUUGCCCUUGGGGAAGGACAAGCUGCCAGAGCUACAGCUGCCAAUGGUCACGGACUGGACCCAAGAUACAUUUUGGGCUCAGUUGAACAGUCCAUGGCUUCAAAACUUGACUCCUUCCAACAUCUUAAACUUUUACUGACUCAACCAUAUCAAUUGCACGUGAAUUAUUACCUAUUUAUUUGGGAAUGUAUGUGCAGUUACUCAAUUAAUAAUGUAAUUUAAUAUUACCUCAAUUAAAUUAAGCAAGUAUUCGUACAUACAAGUUCUGCUCAAGUUCAACUUAUUAGCCAGAACUUUUUGUUAACCCUACUCCGCCCCUUGAUGAUGUAUCAGUAUCAACAUCAAUUAAUAUUCAUAGAGUAGGUUUCAUCAGUUCAUUUAAUUGGCCAGCUUCAUUAUCCACUGUUUGGGGAUUUUGUU